GGCAGCCCAGGCAUGGAUUAGAACGGAAGAGCAUGCCGAACAAAGGGGACCAUCUACCAUCCGGCAGUUGCGAGACGUGCGUCUCACGGAACAGGGACUGUGUCUCGCCCCCUGCACCGGAGAAAGAAGUUAUUUGGUGACGACCCCUUGCUUAUAUUUGUUUAUAUUCCUGGAGAGGAACAAAAUCCAUAAAAAAUGCGAAGACUUUGCUAGGCUGUAGCCAUUCUGCAAGCAAAUUAGGAAACACUUCUGUUAGGAUAAGGAGGAGGGGGAAGACUGCAGCUAUUAGGUCAGAGAACAAAGAAAGCUCGAAGGAGAAGAAGAAGCUGAGGAUGGCGCUGGGAGGCAACAAGGCGGGUAGGGCGCACGCGGCGAUGGCGUUGGUGCAGCUGGCGAAUGGGGGUUACCACGUGCUCACCAAAUCGGUGCUGGACGUGGGGAUGAACCAAGUGGUCUUCUGUGUCUACCGUGACCUCCUCGCCCUCACCAUCCUCGGUCCCCUCGCCUUCUUCCGUGAGAGGAGGGUUCGCCCACCACUGACUCGUCGCCUCCUCGCAUCAUUUUGCCUCCUUGGAUUAACUGGGAUUUUUGGCAACCAGCUUCUAUUUCUUAUAGGGCUUAGUUACACAAAUCCAACUUAUGCAGCAGCUGUUCAGCCUGCAAUACCAGUCUUGACAUUUAUAUUCGCUGUGUUAUUGGGUGCUGAGAUGGUGAACUUGCGUACAUAUGAAAGCCAGAUGAAGGUUUUAGGCACGCUUGUCUGUGUUUCAGGUGCCAUAUUAAUGGUUUUAUAUAGAGGUCCAGCUAUAAUUGGACCCAGUGGCUCUGAUAUAAUACCUCAGAAUGGAAACAUGAAGCCUCAGCUUGAGUUGGCUUCGUAUCUAGCAUCUAGAUUGCUUGAGUUUGGGUUUGACAAGUGGCACAUUGGUGCUUUGUGUUUAAUUGGAAAUUGUUGUUGCAUGGCUGCUUAUCUAGCUUUACAGGCUCCAGUGUUGACAAAGUAUCCUGCCAGUUUAUCUUUGACAGCAUACUCUUAUGCCUUCGGUGCAUUGUUGAUGGUAUUGACAGGACUGCUUGCAACUAAUGGUUUUACAGAAUGGACCUUGACACGGUCUGAGAUAAUAGCUGUCUUAUAUGCCGGAAUCAUUGCAUCUGCUCUUAACUAUGGGCUAACGACAUGGUCCAACAAAAUCAUAGGACCUACGUUAGUGGCUCUGUAUAAUCCACUCCAACCUGCAUUUUCUGCCUUCCUGUCAAAAGUGUUCCUUGGAAAUGCCAUUUAUCUUGGAAGCAUUAUCGGGGGUGUUUUGAUCAUUGCUGGAUUAUACCUGGUCACAUGGGCCCGCUACAAAGAGACACAAGCAGCCACAAGUGUCUUGUACGUAAAUGAUGACUCCGACCCUCUUCUUCCAGAGGAUCCACGACUUACCAAGAAACGAGACAUUUUCUCAGGCCCCUCUGUGGUUCCUUAGGGCCACAUGAAUCAUAAUAAGUUGCAUUCCUAUGAUCCCAUUUUGAGAUUUGCCAUCAUACUAUGGAGAUAGAUGGCAUCCAGAUGCCGUAGUCUUUUCAUCAUGGUGUUUUUGUCGUAUUCAUAUUGGCUCUUCUCACCGUGUGACUUCAUUCAUGUUCUGUUCUUCACAAGAAAGAAACUUCAGAUUACCAGCCUCACAACAUUAUUCUCUGAAGUGAAGCUGAAUCUGAAGUGUCUCUCUUAGUUAAAUUCUGAAGUGAUAUAAGCAAUGGCAUCCAUUAAAGCAGAAAAACUCCUUUUUUCGCUUCUGACAACAAAAUAUGCUGUGAAUCUAAGCUGGAGGAACAAAAUUUAGCCAAUAGAGAUAGAGAAAAAAGGCCUUGGGAGCUGAAGGUGCUCUUGCAUAUAUUUCUUGCCAUACUUCUCUAUAGUUGAGUCUAUAUGGUGAUGCAGGUUGGAGUCAUUAAGUCAGCACCACUGGCAAAGAGUUUUAUAAGGUUUAUCUGCUUGCUUGAAUUGCUAUUGUCUACCUUCUCUUGUAAAUAGCUUAAGGAUUGUAUAUGUUACUCAAAUCCUUAAGUCAGCCGAAGGUCCUCUCACAUAUAUUUCUUGACACACCUUUCUAUAGUGGAGGCUAUAUGUUGAUGCAGGUUGAAGUCCUUAAGUCAGCACCACUGGCAAAGGCGUGUAUAAGGUUUAUCCUAUCUUCUUUGUAUAUAGCUUAACGAUCGUAUAUGUUACUCAAAUCAGUGAGUCAUGACAUGUGUUGACAUUAUGAUAGGCAGUUAAAGUUGCUUUGUUUCAAGUAGAUCUCUCCAAAAGAAAUCUUUUGCUACUGUGUGUACCUUCAUGACUGCAGGGGACUGUUUUAUUUAAUGUGUAAAACAGGGUUUAAUAGCUGUAAUAAAAGUUUGUGCUUUCUUGGACCUAUU